AUGGCGACAAUUCUGCUGAUCCAGCUUCUCGUGGUCUCCUUCCUGGCCAGGUUUUGUCCUGCUCCCUUUGGUGGACGGGUCCCGAAUGGCUCUCCUGUCCCACAGAUCAAUGGCCUGUGCUUCAAGUUGCAGCCCCUUUUCCUCCCCCUACCCCUACCAUUGAUUUGGAGGAAAGAACAACCGUUCUUGUCGCUGUCCGAUAAUGGUACCAACUUCGUGGGUGCCAAUCGGGAACUUUGUCGUCUCAUGCGAUUUGCCGUGAACAGUCAGUCUAUCCAGUGGUCGUUUAAUCCGCCCUCUGCGCCCCACUUUGGGGGCUUAUGGGAGAGCGGCAUCAAAUCGGUUAAAACGCAUAUUGAUCGAGUUGUUGGAUCGCAAGUUUUAAUGUUUGAGCAGUUGUAUACUCUCGUGGUUCAAACUGAAGCUUUGUUAAAUUCUCGACCACUGUGCCCGUUGAACAAUGAUCCGAAUAAUUUGCGGUCAUUAACACCCGGUCAUUUUUUAACUCUUGAACCUCUGACUGCCCCUCCGAACCCAGAUUUAUCACAUUUGAAAAUUUCUAAUUUGUCGCGAUGGCAAUUAGUGCAACGGAUGCAACAAGAGUUUUGGAAACGCUGGCACAAUGAGUACUUACACACCCUGUACCAGCGCAGAAAAUGGGCAGUUGCACCUCUGUCUUUGGUGGACAUAGGCUCUUUGGUCCUCUUAAAGGACGAACUGUCCCCUCCUUUGCAAUGGAAGAUGGGACGCAUUGAAUCAAUUCAUUCGGGUCCGGACGGUCACGUGCACGUAGCUACUAUUCAAUAUCUUCGUCGUCAUCAUCCUCCAACUACCAUCGACCUUCGACUCCCCACCGGGCAUAGAAACCUGACCGUCCCCAGCCUUUCGACUCUCCGCCAGCAACCGGAACCAAGGCACAGUACCGUCUCCAUUUGCGAUUAA